AUGAAUACUGCAUGUCUACUGUUAAUUUUGGCGGCAAUUAUCGCCGUUACGACGGCUUCUCCGUACUAUUAUGGGGGCUACAGUGGCAGUUACUAUCCCUACAACAGCUACAGUGGUGGUUACUACCCGUACACCUACAGCAAUGGCUAUGGAUAUCACUCGCAUUACGACGAUUAUCACCACCAUCAUCAUCACUACGACAGUCAUGAACAUUGGUAA